CGGGGGUGGACCCGAGGGGCAGCCGCGGUCCCCCGAGAGCGCCGCGUUUCGGGGACCGGCCCGCGGGCACUUGCGCUCCUCGGCGGGUCCUUGCGCGCUGUCCAGACCCCAAGUCAGUGGGCUCUGGCCCGGGCAGCCGGUGCCUGCAUCUGGAGUACAGAGAACACAGGCGUUGGAACCAGGCGGCCCGGGUCUGAAGCCUUCUCCACCCGUUACCAGCUGGGGGACCUUGGGCAAGUUACCUCACCUCUCCGUGCCUCAGUUUCCUCAGCUGCAAGCUCAGUGUGGAGGCUGCUGGCCCUGCCAUCUGUAAGAAGAUGUCGUACGGAUCCAUCGCUGGCGGAGGUGGCCUGGGGAGCCGUGGCCCUUUUGGGGGACCUUCAAGACAAGGCUAUCAGCCCCUAGAGUGCGCUAGAUGUUGGACCGAGUAUGGAAUCCGCCAUUUCCCCUGCCCGUCGCCAGAGAGCAAGCUGCAGAACCCCUGUGUGGGGAAGGACGGGGAAGGUGAUUUGGGGCCGGCGGGCACGUCUAUUGUCCCAAGGGCCAGGAAGCGAGGGCCUGGGGUUGCCCCUGAAGGCAACCGGAUGCCGGAGCCCACCUCAUCACCCACCGCAUCACCCACCACUGGUCCGAGGAAGGACUUGGCUGCUGGGCCCCAUGGCCGGGUGGCGGGGCCCAGCGCUACCCGGGCCAAGAAGAGGAAGCCCAACUUCUGCCCGCAGGAGACUGAGGUGCUGGUGUCCAAGGUGAGCAAGCACCACCAGCUGCUGUUUGGCACGGGGCUGCUGAAAGCCGAGCCCACUCGCAGGUACCGCGUGUGGAGCCGCAUCCUGCAGGCCGUGAACGCGCUGGGCUACUGCCGCCGUGACGUCGUGGACCUGAAGCACAAGUGGCGGGACCUGCGAGCUGUCGUGCGGCGCAAGCUGGGCGACCUCCGGAAGGUGGCCCAUGGCCCCAGCCCCGGUUCCGGCAAGCCCCAGGCCCUGGCCCUCACGCCUGUGGAGCAGGUGGUGGCCAAGACCUUCUCUUGCCAGGCCCUGCCCUCUGAGGGCUUCGGUCUGGAGCCGCCCAGAGCCACCCAGCUCGAUCCGCGUGACCUCCAGGAGCUGUUCCAGGAGAUGUCGGCCAACGUCUUCCGAAUCAACUCCAGUGUGACCUCCUUGGAGCGGAGCCUUCAGUCCUUAGGGACACCGAGUGACACGCAGGAGCUUCGGGACAGCCUGCACACCGCACAGCAGGAGACCAACAAGACCAUCGCAGCCAGCGCCACCACCGUGAAGCAGAUGGCCGAGCUGCUGCGCAGCUCCUGCCCGCAGGAGCGUCCUCAGCUGGACCGGCUGAAAACCCAGCUCUCAGAUGCCAUUCAGCGCUAUGGAGUGGUGCAGAAGAAAAUUGCGGAAAAGUCCAGAGCGCUGCUUCCCAUGGCGCAGAGGGGCAGUAAACAGCAGAGUCCCCAGGCCCCGUUUGCCGAGCUGGCUGAUGAUGAGAAGAUCUUUAAUGGGAGUGACAACAUGUGGCAGGGCCAGGAGCAAGCGCUGCUCCCGGACAUCACUGAGGAGGACCUGGAGGCCAUCCGACUGCGAGAGGAGGCCAUCCUGCAGAUGGAGAGCAACUUGCUGGAUGUGAAUCAGAUCAUCAAGGACUUGGCCUCCAUGGUGUCAGAGCAAGGAGAAGCUGUCGGGUCCAGCAGCAGCAAAGCUAUGUGCCGGCAGAGCUGCAGCCCCGAGCCGGCCACGGUGGCCCUGCUGCCAGGUGCUGGGCCGGGCUCCACGCCCCUGCAGCCAGGCCCCCACUCCCGCACCAAGACACGCAAGCCCAACUUCAGCCCCCAAGAGACGGAGGUGCUGGUGCAGAGGGUGAGGCGCCACUACCCGCUGCUGUUUGGGACACUGCGGGGCACGCCUGCCCGGAAGCACCGCGUGUGGAGCCGCAUCCUGCAGGCAGUGAACGCGCUGGGCUACUGCCGUCGCGACCUGGGUGACCUCAAGCACAAGUGGCGGGACCUGCGAGGCGCUGUGCGCAAGAAGCUGGCAGAGGGGGGCCCCGGCCCUGGCCUCAUCCUCACGCCUGUGGAGCACAUGGUAGCAGAGACGUUUUCUGCCCACGGUCCCCAGGGCGAGGGCCAAGCCACGGAGCCCCUGCCAACCGAUGAGGAGGACGAGACCCCCAGCUGCUUGUGGCUGCCCCUGCGGACCCUGGAAGGGCCCAGCCCACCUGAACCUGACCCCCUGGACUUACGAGGAGUCUUCCAUGCACCCCCCUCCUCGCCCUCCCCACCGGCUUGCCCAGCCUCCACCCCACCAGUAACCACACUCAUGGGGUCCUUCCAGCCUUCCCUGCCCUCUUCGGCGCCAGCACCUCCCUUGCCCUCCAGGAGGACCCCAGUGGCAGCAUCUGAAACGUCGGCGUUUGAGCAGCGGCUGCUGGACUCCCACCAGCGGCAGGGUGCCCUGCUCUCCUCCUGGGCCCAGCAGCAGAGCACACUCAUGGCCCAGCAGAACCUGCUGCUGCAGCAGCUGGCUGAGCAGAGCCAGCGUCUGGCCGAUGGUGUGGAGGCCCUCAACCGGACCCUCGAGAGGCUGGUGGAAGCACGCCCCGCCAGAGAAGCCUCACCCUUACUCCGGGACGCUGGUCCUGCCGGUGGAGUGGCCCAGGGGCCUGCUGGAGGCUCCCAGGACAGCCCCCAGGGUGCCCACUCGGGGCUUGAGGUCUUCUCAGGGAUGAUCUUGAAGGUGGAGGAGGAGAUAUAGGGCUGGUCAGGGGUGCUAGCAGAGCCAGAGGGCAGGAGCAGGGCCUCCAGGCAGGGGAGAGGUGGCAGUAACUGGGUCUCCAGGGCGCCAGGACAGCUCGAGUCCAGGAGACCCGAAGGAUGAGAGGAUGUGGGCUGUGUACCUGUGGUGCUGCGUCCUUGCCAUUGCCUGUGGUGACCUGCAGGGAAAGUCUGCAGAGAGCUGACCUGUGAGGCUCAGUGGACCAGGUCUACUCAGGGAUGAUGCUGUUGGAGGCUCCAAGCCCGUGUGGCAGUGGCUGUGAAGUCUGCAGCGCCCCAGCAGGCAGCCGGAGGCAGGGGAGGUGGGGAACAUGUACUUUGGGGCGCCCUGCUCACCGGAGCUCUGGAAAGGGUGGCUCGGCCAGGCCCUGAAAAGGUCCCGAGUGUGAUCUGACGUGACUCCUGAAAGCGCCUGUCCCCUUCAUGGGCGUGUACACUCGGAGGGCAGGGCUUCUGUGUCCUACCUGAUUGUGGCCCAGGGGAACCAUGUCCCAUGAGCCUGGAAUAAUUUCUCUCCAAUAUUCUAUGUUGUUAUAAAUACAUAAAGCUAUAUAUAUAUAUAUGCCCAUAUAUUACUUGGUACUGUUUGGGGCUGGGAUGACAAUUUGUACUUGUAGAUUUUUCUUGCAAAAAGUAUUUUUUUACAUAAGCAUGAAAUAACAAAGCAGCGGCAGUGCGGCUGCCGAGGAGUACAUGAGUUGGAGCCUACUCCCCGGGCCUGGCGGGCCCCGCUGCUUUCAGCCUCGCUGCAGGGGUCUGGGCACGUCCCUGCAUCUUCAGAUCCUCUUCCUCCAUUACUUCCUUUGACUCUUGGGAGAUCCCUUGGUGGGGCUACCCCAUCUCCAAUGCCUGCACAGCAGGGCACAGUCUGCAGCCCCCCAGCCUGGGCAGCUGUUGGGAGCGAGCAGGAGCGGGAGGCGGGACCAGCCUGGGCCUUGACUGGUCUGGGGCCUCCAGCCGCGUCCUCUGCGGCCCCUGCCUGGCUCCCAGGGCCCAAAGCCUGUCCCAGGAGCAAGAUGCUGGCUGACUGGCCUGAGUGGAAAGCAUGCUGGUCCCAGCAGCUUCCAGGGAAGCUCUGGCACAGCCGAGAGUCAAGACUGCAGCGUCCCUGAGAGCAGGGAGAGGGGCCUUUUCCUCGUUUUGCAUUUUUCCAUGGAGCCAGCAGUGUGUCAGUAACUCUUGUCUAUGAAAGAACCUGAGGUGUAGCCACAUGUCCAGCUGCCUUCCGCACACACCUGACCUCCCUCCAGGCUACCCCCUCUGUAGGUGCACAUGGUUCUGCUGUUGGUUCUAGGCGGGGCCUCCACUCUGAUGGUUCCACCUCGGGAAAGCUCUUUCCAUCCUGCAAAACCAGCUGACCUCAGUCCCACCACCUCCAAGAAGCCUCUGUAGAUCUUCAUUCUGGGUUCUUGUCCACUAAAGAUACCCACCAUGGGCUGGGCACAGCGGCUCAUGCCUGUAAUCACAGCACUUCGGGAGGCUGAGGCAGGAAGAUCGCUUGAGGCUGGGAGUCCGAGACCAGGCUGGGCAACAGCAAAACCUUGCUUCUACAAAAAAUAAAAUUCAAUCAAUAAAGGUACCCAGCACGGCUAACAGUG